GAUGAUGAUGAUGAUGAUGAUACAACACGUCAAGCUCGGCCUUCCCAAUGUGAAUUUAAGAGGUAAGUGAUACAUUUGAAAUUGGUAAAAGUCCAUGGUGCCGUAUGAGUUAUGUAUAAGGUUGUAAUAACAUGUUGAAUAACUAUGAUGUAAUGUGUUGUGAAUUAUCUUGUGUGUGAUGUGCUGUAAUUAAUCUAUGUGUCAUGUAGGUCUGAAAUUAAGUUGUCCAGCUCCCCUAGCCAGUGGGAGAAGAUAGCACUGGCUGUCUCUGUAGUCCACUGUAUGUUGUCAGUUUGUGUUAUGAAAUCCUGGUCCGGGAAAGCUGAGAAAUGUGUAUAGUGUUUUAUUAUGUGAUUAUUGAUUAUUGCCAGAUUGUGCUGUUCUAUUGCUGGUAGAUGUGGUGAAUGGUUGAUAAUAGGAACGAUUAUGGAAGCAUUAGGGAAGGCCGAGCAAGCCUUGUUGACCACAGUUCUGAGCUGUUUCACAGAGGUGUUGUGGGGAUCCUGAGCCCUGUUAUUUAGGCCCACCGAGAGGAUCAGCACUUUUGGGUUUCUGUUAAUUGGUGUUUUUUCCAGAAUCUUCCAGAAAUGAUAGAAGGAGGCUCCCGGGUAGCUGUCAGCCUGGACAAAAGGGUGGUUAAAUUUGGGGAUUCUGUGUAUGUUUGAAUCCCCCAGUAUGGCAAUUGGUUUAUUAAUUUUGAAUUCCCAGUCCCGCAGCUUGCGGUUGUCUCUGGCCUGAUGGUAAGUGGGGUCAGAGGCUGUGUCUGCGCAUGCGCCCGCGCCCCGGUGGGGAGAGCCCCUCGGCUCGGUACGUCUCCCCGGCAGGUGUAUUUUUGGAAUGGAUUCUGUGUUACACCGGGGAGCCGCCUCUGCCUCAGUGGGUGCGCUCUCCCCACCCUGAUGUGAUCUGGGCGCGGGCGCCGGGAGAUGGAAGGUGCCGUUUAAUACUGACCCCAGGCCAGACUCUGCAUGAACGCAGGCUGACAGCAGUCCUCGGGAGCCAUGGCAUUCACCGUCCUCUGGGGGCAGCGCCUGUGGGGGGAAGUAGGAGGCACACCAAGAGGAGCAAGGCGAUGAUGAGGGACACCAUCGCCAUUGCAGUCCCGGGGCCCAGCGCUUCCCAGACUGCAGCGGAGCCCCUGCCUGCCCCACGGACUGUGCUGCAGCAGCCUGAGCAGCCAGACCAGCCCCUCCAGCACCGCCUGCCUGCGGACGCUUCUGGUCUGGCUGCCACCAUCAGAGGGCCGCUGGCCCCGGAGCUAUACGACCUCAUCGUCGCCAGCUCCUCAACUGCCACCACCUCCUCCUCCUCCUCAGCCACCCCACAAGCCUCCACCAGUGUCAGCGCGGACGCCGUCCGUCCACCAGUGCCAGCGCAGACGCCGUCCCGUCCGCCAGCGCAGAGGCAGGUGUCACCCCCUCCACAGCCACAGCUGCCACUGCUCCACCAGUGCCUAGAAACACUGCCUGGAGGCGCAAGCUCCAGGAGGAGAAAGAGCGUCGUGCCCGGGAGCUGGGAGAAUAUAUGAAACCAGCAAAGAAGGUCUCCCACUUCAACUGCAGGCACUGUGGCCAACCAAAGACGCGGGCGUUUGGCCACAGCCGCUACAAGACGGAGACCUUCUGCUCCCGGGCCGACGGGAAAGGGAGAACUGUGGAGCAGUGGCUGGCAGAGGUGAAGGGGCGUGAUGGUGCAGCCCCCCCCUCCCUGAGCGAACACUUUGUGUGUGUGUGUGUGUGUGAGUGUGUGAUGGGGCAGCUCCCCCUCCCUGAGCGAACACUUUGUGUGUGUGUGUGUGUGUGUGUGAGUGUGUGUGAUGGGGCAGCUCCCCCUCCCUGAGCGAACACUUUGUGUGUGUGUGUGUGAGUGUGUGUGAUGGGGCAGCUCCCCCUCCCUGAGCGAACACUUUGUUUGUGUGUGUGUGUGUUUGGGAGGGAGGGAUUUGUAAAUAUUGUGUAUAUAGUGUAUUUAGUUAGUCAGUUGUGUUUGUUAAAUUAAUAUUAUGUAUAUAGUUGUCAUAUAUAAGUUAUACCUUUUUAUUUGUCCCACAAUGGGCAAAUUCCAAUAUCUAUAUAGUUGUAUAUAGUUGUCUUAAUUGUUUUAGUUUAAAUAAACUUUUCUUUUUUUAAACCAAUGCUUUCUCCUGCUUCUUUCUGCCUUUAAGAAAUUAAAUAAAUAUAGGGAAGACUAGGUAUCUAGAAUAGGUGCCUGAUAUCAGUAAAUCCCCACAAGUUACAGUCACAAUACAUCAUUCCCUCUCCUCACUUGAAACUAGGGUCAAGGGGUCAACCAGGUCAGGUUCAAAGGCUUACUUAGAGACUAGGUGAGAAUUGGCCUUUUACAAGUGGACAUUGUAAAACAACAGGGGGUGCCGAGGGGCCUUCACUUCUCACCUCCUGGCUUCCUGAUUAAAACAA